AUGUCCAUGGGAAAAAUAUCCUUGCAUAAAGAAGAAGGAAGCACCAGUGCCCUAGACUCCGGUACUUUUUUUAAGAAUGCUUCAGAGGGCAUCAGUGUACCGCUGCAUGAUUCAACCCAGAAUGAAAACAAGGAUGGCUCACCACUAGCAAUGGCAAGGGGAUCAGAUUCUGCGAAUGGGCAUCCACAACAAGAUCAACCGCGAGAAGGUCAGUUGACUGAGGAGGAAAAUUCCCCAGGACUUCGAAGUGGAGCUCCAGAGGAAAAGAUGCAGACUAGCACCGGGCGAAGUAAGAAGAAGAUAUCAUGGCGUUGUGGUAUGUGUGGAUAUCAUGUACUGGCAAUGGAUCAAGAGGGAAACCCGUUGCCGCUUUCCGUUUCACCAUUUGGUGAAGUACUUCCCAUGAGUUGCCCACGUUGUUUACUAGAACACACAAGUUGGGAACAGGCAGUGCCAUUUGACGAACACGGUGAUCACACCAAUAUCCGUUCAAAGUUAUCAAAUAAUUAUGUUCGAACAACCGCGAAAGAGAAUGGACCUGUGAAAGACUUCCAUCCUCCCCCCACAAGUAGUGCUAGUGGGGUACAAACAGAAAAAGUAGAAAUUCCUCCUAUUCUAGAGGAAAUUGGUCGAUGGACGUAUAAGGAUGGAGUACCAAAGCCUACUGUACCGGAAGUCUCACGUCCGCGUGGGACUCGUAUGGCUUAUUACUGUGGCAAGUGUGAUCGACAAUUGCUCCGCAUGGAUCCAUACGGUGAACUUGUACCAAUGGUGCGUGAUAAGGAUGGAGUACUCCUCCCUAUCUUGUGCCCUGGAUGUAAAGAAGAACACAAUCAGUGGGAAGUGAAACCUUACAAAGUAACACGAUAG